AUGAUGGUGAUGAUGGCAACGCAGCUCCCCAAGUGCCGAUGGAGAAGGGGACCAUGGCAAAAGAUCACGGGAGCGGAGCGGGGGGCUGAGCCCCAAGAAGAAGAGGAGGAAGAGGAAGAUGAGGACUUUGCCGAGGACGAUGACCUCACCUACACCGAUGAUCUGCGCGAUGAGAACUACCACCCAUCUCUGGACAGUGACUCUGAGCUGCAGCGACGACAAAGCCAGACCAAAGCUCGGAAGAAACCCGUAAAGGAGGAGCAACCCCUGAAUGAGCCGAGCCUGACCAGCUCCAGCCCAUCGGAGGAGAAGGUUGGACGAGUCAGCUGCAAGAGGCGAGCGCAGCCGUGCGACGAGGACGUGGCCCAGAUCGGCCCGAAGAGGAUCAGGAAGGCGGCAAAGCGCGAGAUCCUCCUGUGCGACUUCGAAGGCUGCGGCAAGAUCUUCUCCAACCGCCAGUACCUGAACCACCACAAGAAGUACCAGCACGUCCACCAGAAGACCUUCACUUGCUCGGAGCCCAGCUGCGGCAAGUCCUUCAACUUCAAGAAGCACCUCAAGGAGCACGAGAAACUGCACAGCGACAAGCGGGACUAUAUCUGCGAGUUCUGCGCCCGUUCCUUUCGUACCAGCAGCAACUUGAUCAUCCACAGGCGCAUCCACACAGGGGAGAAACCCCUGCAGUGCGAGAUCUGCGGCUUCACCUGCCGCCAGAAAGCCUCCCUGAACUGGCACAUGAAGAAACACGACGCCGACUCCUUCUACCAGUUCUCCUGCGACAUCUGCGGCAAGAAGUUCGAGAAGAAAGACAACGUCACUGCCCACAAAAGCAAAAGUCACCCCGAAGUGCCCGGCGGACCCCCCCAAGCCGAGGGGGGUCAGCGGCAGACGGCGCCAUCCCCACCGCCCAACUUCAGCGCAGGGAUGCGGGCAGGGCUGGAGCACCCGGAGGCACCCGGAGCGUUGGCCGUGGAGCCCCUGGAGGUGCCGGGGCUUGGGGACACCCUGGUGAGCGGUGGUGAAGCCGAGAAGACCCCACCUCUCAGCGCAGCCUCGGCUGAAUAUGGGGGGGAUCCGGGUGCGCCCCGAGGCCGGGUGAUAGACGGCGUUGGGUCGUAG